UCCUUCCGUUGUGUUUUGGAUUUGGAUGCAUUUGUUUUAAGAUGUGUUGCGCAUUUUUACGUGAAUAAUAUAAACAGCAAAGAUAGUGUUAUGAUGGAUGAUCUUGUGUAGUAUGUAUAAUAAUAGUUAAAAGGAACUUUUUAAACUACUGAUACUGUUAAGACCCCUUGGUAUUGUGAAAGGAUUUUGUUCCAUGUUCAUGCAAUUCACAGAGAUAUGCUCAUUUGACGAAGGGUGCCGUUACAAAAGAAAUUAAUCUGAGGAAAAUAUUCUUAAGAUUUGAAAUUUUUUCUUGUGAGAAUCAUGCCAAAUUUUACGAAAGGGAAUCCUUCUUCUGAACCUGAACGAUUUUGCAAAUACAUUCAUCGAUAUUGCAAUCAGACGAGGUUAGAAGGGUAUGAUUAUUGUAUUCGGCAUAUAUUGGAAGAUAAACUUGCUCCAUUUAGGCAAUGUACAUAUGUAAAUCAACCAAACAAAAAGAAAUGCACAAAUGCGGCUCCUAAAAUGGAUAAACAUGAAAGACGAGAUGCUUUAUGUCCUUUUCACACUAAACGUGCACUUAUGAAAACAAAAAUAUCACAUCAACCGAAGAAAAAAGUUGUUGUUGAAGGUCCUACUGCCUUACUUAGAUACCUUGAGCAUUACUGUAGUGAUCCAGUGCAUGAUCCCACAUAUAGUCGGGAAAUAGGUCUCAAUGAAAAGAAUGAAAUGGCUGUUUGUGUAGGUGAAAGACCAACAACUCUAAGUCAGGCAGAAGCAUCUUUUGUGGAUGGGGAAUCAGUUGAAGAGAAAGCUCAUAUUGAAAGUGUGGAUGAUGAUUUCUGUUGGGUUGAAAAGCCUGGUGAUUAUUUAGAACAUGCUGGUGUAUAUACUGAGAAAGAGGUACUUAAAAUAGCUAAAGAAAAGAUUAUUAGAUUACAAGAAUUAUACUGUACAGAACUUAAUGUAAUUUAUCAUGAACUGAAGGAAAAACGGCGGAGAUUUUUGGCAGAUAUGAGAAAAUCUACUGCAACUGAAAAUGCUGUUGAAGAACCAGAUACGCCUGUACAAAUAGAUGAAAAAACGUUGAAAGCUUUGACACAGUAUCAUAAAUGUGAAGGUAUGGAACGUAUCCUUCGUGAUAAGUCUCAAACUAUAAAUUCUGAUACAUUUAGAGCAGCUAAAGGAACUAUUUGUUCUUUUGAAAGAAAUGAUGUCAAAUGCACUGAACCCGCUAUUGUGCUAACAAAGUUCUGUAAGAAUCACAUUUUAUCAGAUCCUAAUCAAGUGAUGUUCAGACCCUGUGGACUUGGAAGGAAUUGCAAAAGGCCUGUGAUACCUUAUGAAGAGAAGGCUGCAUGUGAUCAGCAUUUUCAUUUGGCUCUGUCAAGGCCUAAAGCUGAUGAAACUGCUCAGACUCCACCAGUAAGUGUUAUUCCAUUUACAGAGACGGAGCCUUUUCAAUCUAUGGAUGAUAUAGCAUCAUUGGGUCUUGAUGAUAUCAUUCCAGGCUCAUUAUUUGGCCUUGAUCAAUUUGGUGAGCCUGGUGAAUCCACAGAUACAGUUUUGUCAGAAGACUUAAUGCAGAUACCUCUAAAUCCUCCAGAAAAUAUUUUGAGUGACAGUAGAAAGUCUGAAUCUGAGUAAAUGAAAUGUAACUGUGUUGAGACUUUUUUUUUGUAUGAUUAUUUUUCAUCAUAUUUGUAAAUGUGUUUUGAUUCUAUUUUAUCAUGGCUUCAAAUUGAUAAUUAAAUUUGAUCAGGUUAAUUUAUUGAUUUAUUCAUUCUGAUCAGAUUUUUGUGAGGCAUAAAUGCAAGAAUAUUAACGCAUAUGAAUUAUUGAUAAAAAAUAUUGCAUUUUAAAAAUUAGUAUUAUAUAUAUUUAUUAUUUUAUGCCACAUUUUUAAUUGCAAGACAAGGAAAAACAGUUCUACAAAAAAUUAAUUGAUAUGUGCUUUUUUUUUUAAUGAACUGUAAUAUUUAAGUCAAAAUUUUUUGUUGCUGUGUAUCCUGCAAUAUGAAUUUUUACAUGAUUAUUUAUUUAAACUUUUGAAUUUUCUAUUUUAACAGCAAUAGUAUUAUUUUCUAUGCUGAUUUUUUUUUUUUUUUUCUUCAUUAAAGUAUUUGUAUCGGAAAAUAUUGUACAUUUUAUAUUCGUGCUUACCCCUUAUCAAGAAGGCUGUUUUUAUUUCAUUUUGAAAGUAUGCACAAAUAAUUAUAUUAACUUUUUGUAAUAAAUUUAUAUAUAUUUAAUUUGCCAGUAAUGGCUCAUCUAUGAUCUGAAAUUAUUAAGAAAAGUCAAAAUGAUUUUUGAUUAUAAGGGAUAUUACUACCAUAAAUAUUUUAUAACUUCCUUCUGAAAGACAUUUUUUUUUAAAUAAAUAUUUAGAUUUUGUUUGGAAUAAGUUUAUUUCGCGUAUAGAAUUUUUACUGUGAGAAAUUUUGAUAAUUUAUUCAUUUUUUUUAAAAAAAAUAGUUUAUUUUGGAAUAUUUAACAAAUCAUUACGAUUUAAAAUAAUAGUUUGCUUUUUUAAAAAUCAUAAAUGAAUUUUUUUUUUCUGUAGUUCUGAGAUAAAAGGGUAUAAGAAUGAAAAAAUGUUUUAAGCAUUUAAUUCAGAAUGUGACUAUCAUGUGUUAAAUGUCAUCUGUAAAAGUAAUUUUAAU